CCCAUACUCAAGGCUUUGUGUUAAUUUUACUCGCGCAUAGAAUUGUAAACAAAUAUGGAUUUUAUUGACGAUUUUAUAGAGGAAUACAAAAGCAAUCCUUGCUUGUGGAAGGCAGACUCCGUGGAUUUCAGGAACCGUACAAAACGACAGGAGGCAUAUAUGAAACUUAUUGAAGUGGCAACCAAACAUGGAGAAAUGUACAACGUUGAGAGAACCAAGCAGAAGAUUAACAAUCUACGAUGUGCAUUUCGCCACCAACUGAGAAAAUAUAAUGAAGUAAAAAAAAACGGUGAAAAGUAUGAGCCUUAUUGUCCAAAACGGCGUUACUUUGAGUCUUUGAUGUUUUUAAAAGACGAGGAAAUCGGCGGCACAGGAGCAGGCACCGAACGACGAGUGAAGCGGGCCGACAAUCUACGUGUGCAACAAAAUACGGAAACCAACAACACUGUUGUCCUUGUGCAACACGAACCAUGUGAGGAAUUUUCGGAUGUGGAAAGCCUACCCAAGCAGGCUAAAACUGAUCUUAGCAAACUAUCUCCAAGCAACAGUACUAACGAGUUCUGUACAAAUUUAUUUGAGGAGGUUGAGGCCGACCCAAUUAUCAGUAUUGAAACGGUUAAUUCGAGCACCCACGUUGAGCCACAAUCGAGUACCACGAUCAAGGAAAUCGAAGUAAUAAUGCCAGCAGAAAGAAGUAAAUCUAUUCAAAGCUUAUCUUCCAUAUCAACUCCUAUGAAAGAUAGGAUUAAUUCGACUGUACAAAUAGUGGAUUCAAAUCGAGAUAAACGCAUCAGUGCGCGUCAAAAAUACAUAAAUAAGAACACUAACAAUACGAUUAACAAUACCAAUAGCAAUAGCAACAACAGCAUUGCCAAUAGAAAACGUUCACUAUCUAUUUCAUCGCAAACAUCCCAAGAUGACAAUGAGAUGCCACCAGCAAAGUGUCGAGCUGAGAUUUCCAGCAGCGAUUUUGAGCGCCUCUUUUCAUUGGCUCUUAAAAAUGCUAAUAAUUCUCAUGAAGAUCCUUUUUCUAGUUUUGGCAAAGUAAUUGCUCACAAAUUGCGAACAAUGGACAGUACACAGGCCAUAUAUGCGGAAAAAGUAAUUGCUGAUGUUCUCUAUCAGGGUCAGAUGAAAAUGCUAUCUGCAUUAAGUAUAACUCAAUUCUUAGGUGUAGAUAAUACAACUGUUUAUGUAGAAAGUCCAUCUAAAUAAUCGUAUGUAUAAUCAAAUGAUUUGAAUAAUAUGAAU